AUGGACGCUGAUAAGGAAUACGACGAUUUAAUCAAGCACAUCAAGAGAAUGGGCAAAUUCAUUUCAAUUUGGCCUUUGGAGAGGGAUCCUCCAACCAACCUCAUCGCAAUAAGUGUCGCCGUGACGGUUGAUUUAGUUCGCAACAUUAACGAUUUGGAUAAUCUGACAGCAUGCGCUUUAAUGGCCUCCACAACUUAUCUCAGCAUAAUACGUCUCACCGUUUUCUCAACUCAUCAAAAAGAUAUGCUGUACGUGGUCGAGACUAUGAAAAAAGAUUGGGUUUGUUCAUCUUACGAAGACAAAGCUUUUCUAAAGGAGAAGUGCCUUUUUGCGUUUCGGGUUGCAAAAUGCUUCUUAAUUAUGGUAACUAUAACCACAUUUUUCUUCGGAUGCUCGCCAGUUUUAGAGUUCUCCCGAAAUUGUUUAUUACCGCUUCACAAAUGCAGCGGUAGGACCCUUACAUGGAGAAUUGUUUUCCGAUGGUCGUUUCGCUUUACGAGCCUUUCGAAAACACCUGCACAACUACGCACGCGUACGUUACGUAAACGUAUGCAUUUCCUUGGAAAGGAGAGAAUGUUCCCCUGCCGUGGUUAUUUCUUUGCCAAUCAAAUGGUUUCACCCUUCUACGAGUUGCUUUAUGUCUUCAAUAUAAUGGCCGCCGUUUUUAGUUCAAGUACGAUAAUGGGUGCGACUACUUUUAACUUUGUCGCAGUAACACACGGAUCAGUGAAAUUCGCGCUACUGCGAAGGAAGCUAGAAUUAAUAAACAACAAUGAUCCAGACGUUGACGGAGCAAUGGUCGACUGCAUUAAGGAUCAUCAAGACGCUAUUACUUUCGCGGAUACGCUCGAAAGAAUCGUGAACAUCUUGACGUUAGCGCAGUUUGUUAUCAGCAGUGGUAUGCUUUGCUUCGCGGGAUUUCAAAUUACUGCGAUGGUGAAAAACGAGGAACGUUUGAUGCAAUACAUAAUGUAUCUGAGCGCCGCUAUCCUCGAGCUUUUUAUGUUCAGUUUUAGCGGAAACCUGUUAAUAGACGAGAGCAAUGCCGUGGGCGAGUCGGCUUACUGUAGCUGCUGGAUCGGCAGCACUUUCGGUCGCAGCUUGCAGAUCGUGAUGAUGCGGUCGAAAGUUCCUUCCAAGAUCACCGCCGCAAAGUUCUACAGUAUGUCUCUCGAAAGCUUCGCUCGAGUACUCAGUGCAUCUUUCUCCUAUAUAAUGGUUUUGUUGAGCAGAAAAGAGCACUAAGAAGCAGCAACAUUUAUAGCAAUCGUAGCUCUAUUUCAUAGAGAAUACGUUAGUUGUUCCGCUAGAUCGAAAAUAUCAUGCGCAGAUCAAAGUGGAAUCCCGCUUGAAAGUCGCGGCGUACUUUUAAGAUAGCAUAAAAGACGGAUGAAACGCUUCAAAGGAAUCGGGAUGAAGGCCAUGCGCGGCGAAAUGGAAUACGCGUAUAAGGGGGAACGAGCCGCGAUGACCCGUAAGAACCUUCUUAGCCGGCUGUAUGUGUUCUCUUCGUUAAAUAUGAGAGACGUUCCUCCCUCGCAGGCACAGCAAAUUACCCACUGAUUAAUUCCCCGCCGAUAGAGCCGCGUUAAGCCGCGGUCGUCACCACCGCGCAACACGGUAACCCAGUAACUCCGUUAAACACCGAGACAUGCCACUGACUAUGCCCUCGUUGUACAGGGGUAGCGUAAUCAACGAUACCGCAACAGCAACGAUUUGUCCUUGCCCGUUCUACCGAGUUCUGUCUGCCAAAUUAUACGACGAUUCGUAAAUCGCGGCUUGUUCCACAAUAAGAAAUUUAAAUGGCCAAUUUAAAAGCGCACAUCAGUUAUAAGUAUUUUUUGGACUACGUUUUAUUCAUAUAGAGUUAAAGUUAGACUCUCUAAGGAUCUAUUGUAUAUUCCGUUCAAGUCUUGUAAUAUUAUAUAUUUUUUAAAGACUUCGGUCGUUCAGUUCUUGUAUUUAUAAAUCGAAUGCAUAAAUCUUUAA